CCUCCCCAGCAGCGUUCUCAGAAAUCGGGUGCUGCCGCUUGGAGAAAUGAUGUUCGAGGAGUCGAUAAAGUACACCCUAGAAAUGUCCACAUCUCUUUAAGGAACUAACCAAGCCUAAGAUUUCGAUUGUCUAAUUUAAGGCUAAAAAUACCGUGAAAGAUGGAGCUCAAGUAUUUCAGCGCACUCUAAUCAGCGAGCACAUUUAAGACCGCAAGAGUUGCAACGAGAAAAACCGUCUGAAGAGCAAUAAAUUUCAGAACCACGCAAAGGGAUAACAGAGUGAUAUGGCGCAAGCCACAGAACGUUCAUCACGAAACUAUGAUAAAGGAAUACCACUCUGCCUUCCCAACAACUGUACUUGGGACCCAUCAACACAAGAAGUGAAGAAGACGGGUGAUGUCCGAAGAUCUCUUUGUCCUAUUCCGCAGGCUGUUGAGAUGUUAAAAAAAAUUAAAGAGCCAGUGUGCGUUGUGUCCAUUGCUGGUCCAUGCAGAGCAGGAAAGUCUUACAUAAUUGAUGAAGUAUUCGGUCAAAUGGAAGCGUUUCCUGUCGGUCAUUUAACAGACCCAGAAACUACAGGAAUUUGGAUGUGGAUUUCCCCUCAACCGUUUCAGGACUCGCGAGGACGGGACUUUAAAGUAAUCCUGUUGGAUUCAGAAGGAAUCAAUGCUGUUUCUGCAAAGGAUAAAGAUGAUAACCGAAUCUUCACCCUGACUGUUUUGCUUGCCUCAGUGCUGAUUUACAAUUCAAUAGGCGUUCCAAAGCGGACAGACCUCAAUGAUUUGGACUUUAUAGUAAAAUUGUCACAGCAAAUCAGGAUCAAAUCGGAAGAUGACCCACGCGAUAAGGACCUGUUCCGCAACACAUUUCCAUUCUUUUUCUGGCUUUUGAGAGAUGCUCUCCUUAAGCUUCCACCUGACUGCGAUGAUAUCAAUCAAUUUUUUUCGAAAAGGGUUUUUAAGGGGAUGGCAAACGAAAAUCAAGAGAAAGUCGCCGAGAGCAUUCUGAGUUACUUCCCCGGCUUCGAAAGCUUCGCUCUGCCUCCACCUUCAGUUGAUCCCGACAUAAUACAAGAUAUUAGUAACAACCGGGACAAACUUAGCCCCAAAUUCCGCGAGGGAGUAAAAUGCUUUGAGAUUCUCUUGAAAUCAAAUCUGGUUCCUAAAAGAAGUAUCAACAAAGGAGAGUACGUUACUGGAGAAGCCCUUGGAGAGUUGGUCGGGUCAUAUAUAAACGCCAUCAACGACCCUAACGCGAUUCCAAAUGUGACAAACGCUUGGGAUUUCUAUGUUAAGAACAAAAUAGCGGAUGUUAAGCAAGAUGCCUUGAUAAAAUACGAUCAGUCUAUGGCGAAGUUAACACGGCUGCCCUGUGAUGGAAAAAAACUUCUAGAGGACCACGAUUCCUCGGCAAAGGAGGCCACGGAAAAAUUUAUGGAAGAAACUGCUGAGCUAAGUUGUACUACCCUAAAAGACGAAUUGAUGGAUCUGACUAAAUCGUUUGUCGAAAAACUGAAGCUUUGGAAAGAUAAGAAUGCCGCCUUAACGCAAACAUCUUGCGAUGAUUUGUUAAAGAAGUUGAAAGGGGAGCUCCUAGAUCCAGUCUAUAAAAGGGUACGUGGUCCAAACGGUGCCCAAGUAAGCUAUAGUGAAAUAAUCGGUGCUUGGAGCAAAAUAAAAGAUAGAUUCAAUUCGGAAGCUGUAGGAGCCAAGGAUGUUACAGCGGAUGCAUUCUUCAAAUUCAGUCAGACUCACUUGCAAGAUGAGAUGAAGCAAUAUGAAGAAAUUCUUAAGAAGAUGAAAGAUUAUGAUAUGAAUAUUUCCAAAGAAAGGGUCGCAAGGGAGUUUAGAGAAAAAGAACAAAAAAGACUGGAGGCGCUGCUUACUGAAAUGACAAAGAAAGAGCAAGAUCGUCAGAAAAAGAUGGAAAUGCUUGAAAAGCGGCAUCAAAGCGAAUUGAAAGUAAUAAAGAAUCAGUCUAGGCAAGAUAUUGAUUCUUUGCGAAAACAAAUUGAAAUAGUGAAGGACGCCGGUAUGAAGGUUCAAAAGGAUUUAGGAGCACAACUGGAAGGUGCCAUCGAGAGGGAGAAAGAAACAAACGAAGCACUCCGAGCGAUGAAACUACAGUAUGAUCAGAGAGAUGCAAACUUUCAAGCUGGCUUCAAAGCUAUGAUGGAAGAGGUCCGAGAGGCGAGGAUAGCAGCCACAAGAAGUUACGAGGAACUUCUUCAACAAAUGAGCCUUACAGCAGAAACGGAAACAUACACUAUUAGCGUUUUAAAGGAUACUGUGCAGUUAUUGGAGGAACAUAGGAAGGAGACUGUAACAAUGAGAAGUGAGAUUCAAACUUUACGAGAACAGCUAGAAAAAGCUCAAAACCCAGGUUUUAUUUCAUGGGUUAUUCGUAAAAUAUUUUAGUCAGUGCAGUAUUGGUCUUUACCACUUAAAUUGUCUGUGUUUGGUAUAAACUUGAACCAUUACAGCUAACUUUUUUUGGUCACUGCGUUAGUUCUGGACUAGUUGUUAGUUUUAACGCGUUUUAUUCAUUCAAUUAUGCAUGUGUAUGGAAAUACACGGGCGAAAAUUUGAUCUUUAGAGUUUCGUUGAUUUUGGUAAAGAUUUGUUCGUCAAGCUAAUUUUGGUGGUCUAGGAACAAGUGGUUAGUGAAGAAUUAUACGCUUAGUUGUUAAAUACAGAUGAACAAAGUGAAAAGUGCCGGCGUUUAGUAAUAAUUGAACACUUGAUAGUGGGUUGCAAUGAUUCUCACUUGGUUAAUCGUCAUUUUACCUUUUUUAAUAGGAAUCGUUAUGAGAAAAGAAAAAAAAAGAACAUGAUGAGAAAGUACGAGAGCAAAUAAGACCUAGGGUAAGCCUCAAGUCUUCAGAGAUGUGUUUGCUUUUACGCAUGUAUGUUAACUUGAUACAAGGAGCCACUUUCUUGCUUGAUUUUUGAUCACGAAGUUAUGCCGAGUUUUUUCUGGACGUCUGAAUUUUAAAGAUAGAAAAAUAAACUUACUACAUUGAUCAUCCUGGGUGAUGAUGGGUAAUUACCGUAGAGAACACGCCACUGAUCAGUUUGUCUUAGCAGUUCCAUUGUAUCGGGUUUCAAAUCGCCUUGUCAGUUUGUAGCUAGUCAACGCUUUAUAUCAGGAAAAGGAAGUUCGGCUAAGAAACGAACCAUUGAUUGGUCUCAGGACUUUUUUCCAGGUAUGUAAGGUAUCGCAGAGUUUAAUACAUUAGACUUACAGCUUUUGUCGCCGGAUAUUUGGCCACGAUCCGAACGUACAAGGCAGAGUUAUACUCGCACCUGCUCGUUGUUCU